GUAAUCGCAGCCGUGUGUGAGCGUGUGCAGGCGAGGCAGCUGGCGCCGAGGGUGCACGAGGACAACCCCUGUGUUUUGGCUAAGCUUCUGCGGCGAAUGACCUCACUACCACAAAAAAAACCGCACAGAAGCACACGCACAAAUACAACCACCGACAUGGACAAAGAGAAACAUAUAUCCGCAGACACACACACAGACACACAUACAUACACUCACACAGGGGCGUAUGAAGAUACAUUGGUAAUGCGAGCCGUAGAGGAGUUGCAUGACCGGGACAAUGCACUCAG